AACCCGACGCACACGCACACGCACACGCACACGCACACGCACACGCACACUCCCAUGCCCUAAGCCGAACAGUCCAGUCAAAGCAUCCGCGUUGCAUGUCCCCCGUUUUGAUUGUCGGCCCAGGCAACAAGCAUAUCUAGAUGGGCUUCUCGAAGAAGCCGACCGACAACCGCACCGCCGACUCUACCCCUGCGUCCGCGUCUGCCCCCGAGGAUCCAUCGUCCAACAGCAGCGGCUCCUUCUUUUCGCGCCUCACCCUUCCCCUCCGGCCGCGUACUCGCUACAUCGCCGACUUCCACAUCCGGCCGGCCGAGCCCCAUCGCAACUAUGGCGCCGGUGACCAGGUGAAGGGCGCCGUCGUCCUGACCGUCGUCAAGCCCGUCCGCAUCACCCACCUGGUCGUGUCGCUCCACGGCUACAUGCGCGUCUACAAGGGCCCCAACGUCCCCGCGAACGAGCCCAUAAUCGAUCCCGCCGAACCCCUGUCCACGUCGAGCCGCGGUUCGCGCCAAAAACAUCACGGCCAUGGUUAUGUAAGAUUGUUUCAGGAUGAGCAAACCCUCAGCGGCGAUGGGCGGCUCGACCCGGGCAAAUACGAAUUUCACUUCAACCUCCUCUUUCCGUCGAGCGGCUUGCCGAGCAGUAUAGAUUUCGAGCGCGGCACCAUCUCGUACAUGAUCACGGCAACCCUGACGCGCCCGACGUCGAUAGGAAGCAAAACAUCACCCAAGACCAGCUGCGAACGAAAGGUUUACCUCGUCGAGCAGCUCGACAUUGGGAACCUCGCCCCGCCACGGCCGCGAACCAUCUAUCUCGAACCCAUCUCCAAACGAUCCAAGAGGAAGAGGCAGCCUGUUGUCGGGGAGAAGUGCUCCGCGCCUCCCGAGCCACCGGCCCCGGUGUCCGAUCCGGAUUCGGCUCGCGCGAAUGAAAAUUCUACCGAAGGUUCCUUAUCCGUAAUUGGCGAUGACUUGGAGCAGGACGCGACAUCCAACAGCACCAACCCCCGGAACCUCCAAAGCGAUGUUCGGAGCGUGAGCAGCGAAAGCGCCGUCAGUGGCUGCACCGCUCAGAGCAGAACCGGGGAGACGAAUACUUUCGUACCAACGGCCCCUCCAAUGGCCGGGAAAAAGGGCCCCACUGUGAAGGAGCGGACCAUUACAGCCACCAUCGAGCUGCCAAAGGGGGGUUGUCUUCGUGGAGACGUGGUGCCCAUCAAGAUUUUCGUACAGCACAUCAGACGGAUCACAAGCCUGCACGGGGUCAUCGUCACGCUGUACAGGCUUGGGCGCAUAGAUUCGUCGCCGCCCUCGUUGUCCAAAGAUCUGCCGGAAGGAAAGGCUCGGCGUCUCGAGAAGGAGGACUAUUACCCCCGGUCCAAGACAGGACUGGGCGGCCUCUCUCUGACGUCUGCUGGGUCCUGCAGCGUAUUCCGAAAAGACCUAUCUCAGGCUUUUGCGCCUCUCAUCAUUGAUCCGGACACCUUGACUGCCAGUCUCACGGCGUCAGUGCGAGUGCCCGAGGACGUCUUCCCCACCAUCAAGGGCGCCCCUUACGAUAUGAUUUCGUUCAAGUACCACGUCGAGGUGAUUGUCGAUCUCGGAGGUAAGCUGGCUAGCCAGCUUCACGCCAUCAAGGGAUCUGGCACGAGGAUGAGUCCCGUGGCGGGACCUCUCGGCGUCGGCGGCAACCCAUACGAGGGCACCCAUGCAGCAAUGACAACUUGGGGCACGAACAUCAUCGACACGGACAGCCUUCGGCGCCAGAAGGGCGUCAUAUGCGUCGUGUUUGAAGUCGUCGUGGGAACGGCGGACAGCAGCCGGUUGCGCGCCAAAGCGCCAAUGAAACCAGCCCCUUCCGUCCAUUCCGUGUCGGUUCAAGAGGCCGAGGUUCACGACCGUGACACGCACGGAAAACAGCCCUCGCCGGCUGAUGCAGGUCUCGACAGUAGCUACCCGCCAGAAGACCGUGCUCAGGACUACGUUCCGUCUCCCCACGCCCCGCCGCACCAACCCUACCCUUACUGGGACGCCGUCUCACCGCAACCUCCACCAGUUACUCCCUACAUUCCUCCUCCAGACAUUCCGGACGAAGCAAGCCUUACGGAGAAGGAGCGCAUAAGACUGGCGGAACAGCGAUUACUUCCCAGCCAACCGCCCGAAGCUUCGGUCGCAAGCUCCUCGACUUCCCACUUUGUCCACGGCGAGAAUAUUUACGAUGCCGACGACCAAUUCCCGACGCCCAUGGAGGGCCCCUCGCAUGCCUCGCAUGCCACAACCACACCCAAUUUAACGCAGCAACAUCUCUUCGGUGCACCGUCGGCGCCGACGCUAGAGGACCUCUCUCCCGCCCCGGAGGGCGCUCACGCGACAGAAGACAAGCAGGAGCUCGAGAGACGAAGGCUGCUCGCCGAAGCCAGCGCGCCGCCAGAGUUUCCCGAAGAUUACGAUAUCGGGGGGAGCGGCGGCGGCGGCGCUGCCGCGGGGCCAAGCGCUCCCUCGGCACCCGAUCUUCAGCCGUCGGCGCCCAUCCUGGAGGAUGAGGACUCGUAUGGCCCGCAUUACGCUUACGGCUCGGCGGCGGCGGCGGCGGCGGCUGAGACUGCCCCAGCUCCGAUACAUGGCCACGUUGCACAACCAGAGGAGCCGUUGCCAAAGUAUGAACGGUGAUCUCGUGCAGGGAUUGGCGAAGCAAGGAAGAGAUGAUGCAUUUUGGCGUCCUGAAGGCACACGGGAUGUCUUUGCGACGAAAAAAUGAACAAUUCCCAGCAAUGUGUGGGAACCAAUAGUAGUGUAUAUUGUAAUGAACUGCCGGAUCGGUGCUCUAUGUUUCUUUUCAACACAUCAGGACUAUCUAGAUACAGGGGCCGGCGGUUCGGUUCAGA